GUUGCCGUGGUGGGACCCUCAAACACCGUUGGGUGAGUCUUGUAGAUUUUUGGGUGCUGAUCACAAUGUGCCCAUCAUGUACCAUUUCAGUUUUGUCCUGAUAUUUUCUUAUCUUGUAUCCAAACAUUUUCGCUCCCGUAAGUGACUUCUCAACAACAGUUUGUGUAGCCUGGGCAUGUCCAGGACAUUGGAAUCAGGGCAGGUUGGCAUCUGUUCUGUGAAAGUUGGCAUCCUGGGCAGGUCUGAACGAGCUUGACGCUGUCUCAGCAUGCUGUAAAGGUGGCUGGCAUACACCGAUACUGCUCAUUUGGUUAAUAGAGAUAGUGUGUAUGUAUGUAUGUAAAGGCGGCACGGUGGCACAGUGGGUAGCGCUGCUGCCUCGCAGUAAGGAGACCCAUCUGGGUUUGCUUCCCGGGUGGAGUUUGCAUGUUCUCCCCGUGUCUGCUUGGCUUUCCUCCUGCAGUCCAAUGACAUGCAGGUUAUGUGUGUGUGUGGGUGUGUGUGCCCUGUGGUGGGCUGGCACCCUGCCUGGGGUUUGUUUCCUGCCUUGCGCCCUGUGUUGGCUGGGAUUGGAUCCAGCAGACCCCCGUGACCCUGUAGUUAGGAUAUAGCGGGUUGGAUAAUGGAUGGAUGGACGGAGUGUUGUAUGUACGAGUAUCAGUAGAGUAAAGCAGAGGACUGAGGCGACAGAACAGGAAGUAAGCUCGAUGCCAGAGACGUCUGGUGUCUCGUCAGUGUCGUCACAGCCGCCAUACAUCCUGCUCUAUCUGUGUGUGGCGAAUAUCAACUCGGGCCUCAGAGAUGCUGGAUGACUGCUCUUGUGAAGAAAGCUUAUCAUCUGUAUUUCAGCUGGUGAUCAAGACAAGGAAUGGACGCCUGACAUUUGCUGUGCGACAUGUGAUGCCAGUCUGAGAGCCUGGCACAGAGGCCCUCGAAAGACGAUGCUGUUUGCUGUUCUGAUGAUAUGAUGAGACCAGAAAGACCAUGUGAUGGACGGUUACUUCCAAUUCCAAAACCAUCAGAGGACUGGACCUUAGACGAACCCGAUGAAGAAACUGCAAUGCAGGGUACGGACAGUGACAUCGAUUUUGAACCAGUCGCUCAUCAGGUGAUCCACACCUGGUCACACGGCCUGAAUUGAACGGUUUGGUCAGAGAUUUGGGUCUGUCGAAAGCAAAAGCCGAGCUGCUGGGCUCAAGACUGCAGGAAUGGUGUUUGCUGUCACCAGGUAUGGACAUUUCGGUGUUUCGAGGACGACCUGAUCCUGAUAGAACAGUCAACAGUCUCUGUUUCUGUUGUGACAUUGAAGGAUCGUUCUCGGCCUUGGGUUGUGAUCACACCAGAGGAGUGGCGUCUCUUCAUUGACUCGUCAGUGUUGAGCCUGUAAGCUGUUCUGCUCCACAAUGGUGACGUUUAUCCUCCAGUACCUGUUGGCUAUGCAGCAGACAUGAAAGAAACGUACGAGAAUAUGAAACUGGGGCUGAAGCCCGUCCAGUAGAGCAGGUACAACUGGAAUAUCUGCGGAGAUCUUCAAGACGUCGCUCUGUUACUAGGACUGCAGCUCGGCCAUACAGAGUACUGUUGUCUCAUCUGUGAACGGGACGGCCGUGCCAAAGAGUCGACAGAACUGGCCACUCCGUAAAAAGUUAGUUCCAGGACAGAAAGAUGUGGCACACGAAUCACUUGUCAACCUGGCAGAGAUAUUUUUGCCUCCUCUUCACAUAAAACUGGGACUCGUGAAGAGUUUCGUGAAAGCACUGAACAAGGAAGGCGAAGGUUUUCGUUAUUUAAGACCGAUGCUCCCAAGAAUAACACAGAGGACAUUCUUGUUGUCCCCCAGAUCAGACCUGUUAUGAAUGACAAGCGGUUUGAAGAUCUGUUAGUUGUGGCCUGGAGAGCCUUCAAAGACGUUGUUGACAAUUUUCUGGGCAAUUCCAGAGCCCCAAACUCCGUUCAGCUGGUAGACAAACUUCUCAAAGCAUACAAGACAAUGAAGUGUAACAUGGCACUCGAGAUUCAUUUCCUUCACUCACACUUGGACUUCUUCUUCCCUGCGAAUCUCAGUGCUGUCAGUGAUGAAGACGGUGAAAGGUUUCAGCAGGACGUUGCUACGAUGGAGAGACAAUACCAGGGCAACUGGAAUCUGUCAAUGCUCGCUGACUACAACGUGAUGCAGCAGACAUUGACUACGGAGCAGAACACGCUGAAUUCUGUUGACUUUAAUAGCUUGUGUGAAACACAAAGGGGACCAAACAGCUUGAGUGAUGCAGUAAAACCCAAAGUAGAUUUGCUGUCACAAUCAGCAAAAACUGUUCAGGAAGGGAGACUGUUCAAACAAAUUGUUGUGCAGUGUAACCGAGGAGCCCAGGGGUCUGCUGAAUGACAAGAAGAGAACAUCCAGCGCUACGAAGGACACCCACAGAGUGCUGAAGACAAAGCCGAGUGAAGCUAAAAUAGAAAACCCAGAAGAACUCCGUCACGAGACGAGACUUCCCACCCAUGUAAUGUGUAAUGUGUUCUUGUAAGUGCAAAGCAGACCUGCCCUCCAGAGGAAUGGAGUGACAGUUAAUAGGAGGUCUGGCGGAAGUGACGUCGUCCUCGGGCCCGGGGCCGGAAGUGGCGUGUCCCGAGUCGAGGCCGUGGCUCUGGUGGGAUUUCCUGCAGGGAAUUUAGAAAGAGCGUUAGGGCACCCUGCCACCCCCUGGGCAGAUGUGUUCCCCUUAUUCUUCAAGCCCUUCAGCUGCUUGGUGACAUGAGUGACAACACGAAGGAUAUCUGGAAAGGACUUGACAUCACAGGGGGGCUCACCUGCCAGCAGGAGAUGUGGGCAAUGAUGACGUCCUGAACUGAGUUUUUAAAUAGACCUUCCUUCCCACCGCCUCCUUCUUCCAGUGACCAUUCCUUCCACACCAUCCCUGCUACUUCAGAACCCCACCAACGAGCCCACCUCUGACCACCAGUAUGGAUGAGGAUUCAGCUGUGGGACCACAUGGAGUCACUUGAGUUCUCAAAGGCCAACGCAGAAUAAGUCUGUCACUGAGGCUCCAGAAAAUGCCACUGCUGUGGGAGGCCACCUCGUCACCUUCUGUAUGUGCAAGAAUAGCUUUAGGGUGACAUGGCAUUCCUCUUAAAGAAACAGCAUCAAGGGUUAAUAGAUGGCACCCACCCGCUCAGGCCCAACAGGAAACGCAAUGAGGGUCAAGUGAACAACACAGACAAGGAUGGGAAAGGUGACCAGGUGACCCGUAUUCAACAAGACUGGACACUUCCUGUACACGCAGACAUGUCAACCCAAAUAAACAAGAAUAAAAGAGACUGAGUUUAUAUAUAGGUGCCAAGUUAGGUGCCAACCAGCGAAGCAACCCGAGCAAAUGUAUGUCCUGAUAGACACUGGCAUUCAGCAGUUGAUCAAAUGGACCUGUAUCCUCUGUUUCUCUGAUCGUGCUGACGGUGAUGAUGAUGAUGAUGAUGAUGAUGAUGAUGUAGCACUCUGCUUCCUAAAGGCAUUUUGCUGAGCAGUAAUUGAAAGAUACAAUGGAGAGCUCCUGUCCUGCCUGAUGACUGAUUUGUCCUCUUUGAGGAUGACUUGCUUUCUGUAAUCAACACACCCAUACACCUCAAAUCAUGAAGACCCCCGAGAGGCCGGUCAUCUUGUGGUGGACCACCUGGACCCACCACGGCUUGUCAAUCAGAGACUGGAGUGGAGGAAGCCAUCAUCUGUCUGCUCCACAGGGCUCAUCUCUUCAGUGCCAUCCCUGUUAAGGGGGCACCUCAGAGAUCUGCAGGUGGGUGACCUGGUGAUGGAGCAUCUCUCGGGCAGACCACCAGUUGAUAAGGCUCAAGGACUGAGUGAGCAACACUGGAGCAGCACAAGACACAGGCCUGUCACUCUGCACACCUGUGGUCACCUGGGGGGGUCCUGAUAAGGGGGAGUCAGGGGGAGAACUGCCUGCAACUGAACAUCAGCAAAAUCAAAGAACUGCUUAUUGACUGAAGAGCCUCUGUGCCCAGUCACCAUUCAGGGGGUGGAUGUGGAGGUGGUCUACUCCUACAAGUACUUGGGGGUCCGCAUUAAUGACUGGAUGGACUGGUCUCAUAAUAGAGAGGAACAAAAGAAGAAAGGGCACAGCAGGCUCUUCUCCCUUAGGAGACUGCAGAUCUUUAAUGAGGGUUGUGACGUCCUUCAUAUCUUCUACAACUUUGUGAUGGCAACUGUGGUGGGCUGGGCUGGUGACAUCAUGUCAAGAGAGGACCACCGAGUCAACAAGCUCAUUAAAAGGGCAGACACUCUGGACCCCCUGGAGGUCGUAAAGAAGAGAGUGCCAUUGUGAUCCUCUCUGUGACACACCAACACUGAGGACUUCCCCACAACAAAUCGUUCAGCAGAAGUGUGUCAAGAAAUGGGAAGGGGGGUCCUUUAUAUGCCUGUAUAGCGCCUCACAGGGACCUGGACUGCCAAGUCAGAAGAUUUUGAUCUUUUAAAUUGUUUUCCUUUUUAGUUACUUUGGUGCAUGUACAAACUAUGCUGUGUGUGUGUGUGUGUGCGUGUGUGUGUGUAUGUGUGUGUGUGUGUGGGUGUAGAGAGUCUGAGAUGGGGAGAAAUCUGAAUAGCCAAAGCAGACCUCAGUGUUCAUGCUUGCAGUGCCAUCAAUUGGAAUGUAUUUUGUAAUGCAUGUAGUAAUAAUGCACUGCAUUUGCCUUUCCAACAGGUGGCUCAUCAAAAACAUUUAUAGUCAUAAAACGCAGGACUGCAAGUGUUUGUGAUGUGCCAUCUGUUGGAAAGACAGAGACAGAAGGAGAGCACAGAGACCCAGAUUUACAUCAGUACUGUAAAUGUUCAAAUCUCUCUCUCUCUCGAUUUAUCUCUACUGUGUGUAUGUACAGUAUAUCUUGUGGCCUGCAGGGGGCGCUCCUGCCCCCCAAACCUGACACAGACAGACACAGGACACCAGUUUCUUUUUCUUUUGUUCUCGUUUCCCACCUGUACCACCCAGCACGGUCCUAAGCACAAUACAACACAAAAUCACACUUUCUUUCUUUCUUUCUUUCUUUCUUUCUUUCUUUCUUUCUUUCUUUCUUCUCUUUUAUUCUCAAUCUCUCUCUCUCUCUCUCUCCGCCUCCACUCCUCCCAGCAAGCUUUCGUCCCUCUUCCUCCCGACUCCCAGUAUGUUCUGUAGGAAUUCGUGGUGCCACAGCAACUUGGGGGGGGGCUGCCCUCUAGCGUCCCAGGGGAGAUAAUGUCCUGAGCCCACUCCCCCCAACCCCCCCCACCCCCGGUCCUUCCAUCACUUAGAUGUCUGCCACAACGGGGGUUUACAUAUGGGGGGCAUUGUCAGGUCAAGAGGGGUGCUUUAAAUCCCCAUCCUCUCGUUUUCUAGAAGCUUUCAAACUGAGGUCACUUCCUGUUCCGGUCUUAGCCCCGCCUCUUGUCCGGACCCCCUCCAUCGGGCAGUCUAACUCAUCUGAGGACUUUGUGCCUUUGCUGCCACUCUGCUCUGUCCACUUGGCCACUCUGAUAUCUGGGGACCACUGGCUGGUACCCCGAUGUGCCUCUUCAUUUGCAUAUUUAGAUUUCUAUUUUCUGACCUUCUAAGUGAAGCAAAAUUAAAAACCAAAAGAAAGUUCUGCGCAGAGCCAUUGAGCGGCAGGGGGUCCCAGGAAGGAUAAUAACAAUAAUCUUGUUGCACACUUGCCAUGAACUGUGGAGGGCGCUAUACCUGGUGACGUGUUUUCCCAGCAGCCCCUGCUAACCGUUGUCCUUCAUAUUUGAGGUCCGGCCAGGCAGCACAGCCAUCCCUCCAUUUUGUAGCCCCUGAUCUUUUCAGAUGACUUUUCUGAGAAGCCUCAUCACAAACGAGAGCGUCGCCCCAGGGUGCCUUCAGGGUCUUUCUGUCUCUCUGGUGUCCUCUGCCCACCCCUUUAAGCCCCCCCCCCUUUCUAUUGAAUUCUCAGUCCUUGACCACGCCCCCGAGUGCCGCUCGCAGGGGGGCGGAGUCCUCACCCCUCUCUUCAUUCCUCCUCGCCCGCCGAGCUCUCAUUCCACUGCUCGGGACCCCUGGCGACAUGGCCCUCCUGCUGCCCGUCCUGCUGGCGCUGCUCCUCUGCCUGACCAGUGCCCUUUACUACCUUGGAGCUUUCCGGAGGAGGCGCCCCGGAGAGCCCCCACUGGACAAAGGCCCCCUGCCCUGGCUGGGACAUGUGAUGGACUUCCGAAAGGACCCUGCUAACUUUCUGAAGAAGAUGCAGAAGAAGCAUGGCGACAUCUUCACGGUGCAGAUUGGGGGGCACUACUUCACCUUCCUCAUGGACCCCCUGUCUUUUGGAUCCGUGGUCAGGGAAGCCCAGGAGAAGCUGAACUUCAGCAUAUUUGCAGAGCAGCUGGUCAGGAGGGUGUUUGGUUAUCACGCACUGGAGGAAGACCACAAACUGGUCCAGUUGUCCACUAAGAAGCACCUGAUGGGGGACAGCUUGGUGCUCAUGACUCAGGCCAUGAUGACCAAUUUGCAGAAGCUGAUGCUGCACGGCCUCGGCUCGGCCGAGGGGACGGACCCCUGGACUGAGGACAGCCUGUACCGCUUCUCCUACAACAUUGUUUUCCGGGCCAGCUACUUGGCUAUUUUUGGCACAGCCAGCUCUGAGUCAGCGGACACCCUUCAGAAGGCGGAUGAGCAGGACCGCCUGGAGUCUGAGGAGCUCUUCCUCGAGUUCAGCAAGUACGACCAGCUCGUCUCCCACCUGGCCUUUGGCGUGCUGCCCCCCAGACGUAAGAUGGAGGCCGAGAGGCUCAAGAGGCUCUUCUGGAGGGCGCUGUCUGUGGAGAAGCUGCGGGAGAAGGACAACACCAGCCGAUGGGUGACGGAGCAGUGCCAAGAAAGGGAGGAGCGAGGAGUGCGACGGCCCAUGCUGGACAGGUUCAUGUUGGUGCUUCUCUUUGUUUCACAGGGCAACACGGGGCCCUCCGCCUUCUGGCUGCUUUUUUACCUCAUGAGGCACCCCGAAGCCAUGAAGGCCGUCCAGGAGGAGGUGGACAGGGUCCUGAAAGACAAUGGCCAGCAGGUCUACCCUGGAGGCCCACCUAUUGACCUCACCAGAGACAUGCUCCUCAGGACCCCUGUGCUGGACAGCGCCGUGGAGGAGACGCUUCGGCUGACGGCAGCUCCGGUGCUCACGCGUGCCGUCGUGCAGGACAUGAAGCUGAAGAUGGCAGAUGGCAGGGAGUUCGCCCUUCGAAAGGGGGACUGGGUGUCUCUCUUUCCGUACGUCGCGGCCCAGAUGGACCCCAGCAUUCAUCCUGAGCCCCAAACCUUCAAGUACGACCGCUUCCUCACGCCCCAGCGCACCAAAAAGACAGACUUCUACAAAGAUGGCAAAAAGCUGAAGUUCUACAACAUGCCCUGGGGGGCCGGGGGCUCCAUAUGCCCGGGCCGCUUCUUCGCCUCCAAUGAGCUCAAGCAGUUUGUCUUCCUCAUGCUGACGUACUUUGAUUUGGAGCUGCUGAGGCCUGAUGAGGAGAUCACCGCCGCCGACAUGACCCGCUGGAGUAUUGGCUUAACACAGCCCACCCUUGAUGUCCGCUUCAGAUAUCGGCUAAGGUUUUAGGGGUGGUCUGUGUGAGUCCCUCAUCUCCAGCACGGCUGGGAUGGAAGGGGGCACACGGCAGAUCCUGGGGUCCAAAUGCAGGUCGUGCCUUUCCCCAGUAGCCUUCAGGGUCCAAGGUUUAG